AUGUCGGCCUCAACCUCACUUCCCCCUCAGCAGCUCCCCCCACUUCCUUCGUAUUUCGAAGACGCUGGCCUUGGCCGACUGGCUCAUGCGUUAGUAUCUCGCGACAGGGUAUCGGAGGACGAGGAGGAACAGCUGAAUUGGACAGUGCACUGGCUGUUGAUGAUGGACAACUUCCGUUCGAUGUCGGCUACGAUCCUUCAUCACGUCGCGCCCUCCGCCUUGUUCAGCGAUCUCGUCCUGGGCCCUGUGACCCAUCCGUUCUCCGACGCGUUCACCGUCCCGCCGUCCCUCCGCAUCCCACCUGGCUACGAGGAUACUACCACCAUCGGGUCCGACGUGUGGUGGCAAGGUGUGGGUCAGGGCCGAUGGUGGUCUGAUGGGUCAUCCGACGAAGAGGAUGACACGCGCAUGGCAUCCCCUGCGCCUCACCCAUCGACGUUGUUAUCCCACGGUACUGUUUGCACCCCCGGCCCUUCGAACGCUCCUCCAAACAAGUUCAAGGCGGCGCAACAGCAGUUCGGCGGCGUUGUGAUUCAGACGACGUCCCGGGCCAUUGGGGCGACGGUCACCGGUGGGAGCAAAUUGGUUCAGCGACCGGACGGUUCGUCGGAUGCCACGUCGGACGUAGACUCUGACGAAUGGGAGGUGAACUCAUGCACGACCGAAUACGCCGAGGACUUGAACCUCACGCCAAGGAACGAAAUCAACGACAGGACGCAUUGGGUACAGGCGGACCUGAAUCGCCCCAAGCGUCCGAUCGAGCACAGGGAUGCAUGCGUCUACUGCCUGCGGAAGACCACACGUUGCAUCGGACCGUCCGGAGAGUCGUGCUUAGUAUGCCACUAUGUCUGCAAGGGCGUUUGCCCAUGGGCGUCCGGUGGCGGGUCGAGGCCAAAGAAGAAGAGGGCGAGGCGAGGCAAUGAAGAUGUAUUGGAGCGACCUGAGAUGACGGCACCGCAGGACUAUUGGGGCGACAUCCCGGAGGGCGUUUACCGCGAGGCCAAGGAGAGGAUUGAGUCGUUGAAGAGGAAGUGGAACAGCAUGGCGGCAGACAGAGGGGAUCGAGUUGCGCGACCAAAAGCAAGCCGGACGAAGAAAGUGACUACGAAGUCCCGGGUGGCCGCGAUGAACAAGGAUCUCGCAGGUCCCAUCCGUGCGGCCUUGGCUUCAAUCAAUGAGCAGUUGGAUCUCCUCGAGAAGGCUAUCGACGAUGCCCCAACGUUGGACGAACUUUGCUCGGUGGCCGCGCAGGUCGACGGCUUGAAGGUGCCGGGUGUAGAGGUCGAGACGGGGGCAGAGUAG